UCAUCUCACCCGCUCCUGUCACUUUCACGCAUCAGUGCCUCACGCGCACGGCCGUCUCAUGUCGACACUCCUCCACAACGUCCUCGCCUCGCGCCUGGCCGCCGCCGCGGGCGGCGAGGGGGCGCGCGUGCGCAGCAGCGACGACGAGCAGGCGCUCGACGAGUGGGAGGCCGUCGACAGCGGCGCCAGCGACGACGAGCUCGUCGCUGUGCGUUCCGUGCCCGGCACCGUGCCCGGCACGCCCUUUGGCCUGUCGCGCCCGCCGUCGCCGCCGCCGGGAGCGGCAGGCGCCUCUUCCUCGACCGCCGCCGUCGGCAGCGCCGCAGAGGCAAUGCACCACCUGACCCUGGCUGCGGCGGGCCGCAAGCGCAGCGCACUCGCCGUGCCGGGCAGCAGCAGCAGUGCGAGCGGCAAAGCCACGCCCAGCCCGCGCGUCAAGAGCAAGACGGAUCCCCUGAGGGCGUUCCCAAACGUGAUCUCGCAGCGCAUCUUCCUCUCUCUGCCCGUCAGCGCACUCCGGUCCUGCUCGCUAGUCUGCAAGCACUGGCGUCGCUCCGCCACGCUCAACUACUGUUGGUACACGUACUGUCAAGCGCAAGCACUGGACGAGGCCGGCACCAACCCCAUCCCCUCCUUCGGCUCCUCGGGCGCACGGUGGACGCGCCGAGAGAGCAAGAUCGAUUGGCUGAGCCACAUGGCGAAGCGCAAGCGUCUCGAAGCUCGCGAUGAGGAACGCGCAGCCAGCAUGCCGGGCAGCGGCAGUGCCACGCCGAGCCGCACGCAACGCCUGGCGGAGCAGGGCGUGCAGACGGCAGCGGCACGCAACGAGGAGCGCUGGCAGGCCGAACAGGGACAGGAGUGGAGCAAGGCCGACAUGCGCGAAUACUACAAGACGGCGGGCAACAAGGGAGGCAAGCUGAGAGGCAAGUCGGGCAAGGGAGGCGUCAAGACGGGCAGCAUGGCCGACGGCGGCUUGUGGGAGUAAGACGCUGCCUGGCUAUGGCGACAUCCCUCGUACCGCAUCGCUGCUCUGCGCCUCGAUCUUGCUCUUCCCUCGUUUCUUUUCUCUUGGGCUCCCUCGUCACGCGUUCUCUCCCCUCGCGUCGUCCUCAUGCUCAUGCCCUUCUCUGCUCUCUGUACGCGUCGUUCACGCCCAAGCUCCGUGCCGCACGCUCCCGCGACGAGAAAAGCACAAGAUAUCAUUCGCGUCUGGUGUGGAGAGGGUAAAUGGGUGCACGUCGGUGAGGAUCAUGCAGUGUGUGGGAAUCAUCGAGAGAGAGAAAAUGAGUCUGGCGAGGCGCUGAAGGAGAGUGGUAGUCGUGGGCCCGAUGCACCGCCUUGGCCCUCACAGCGCCGCCUCGCUGCCGUCCGUCGAGACAUCGGGGCGCCAUGCGCUGCCCGCAAGUGGGCUAGGCACGGCAGGCCGGUGC